AUCAAAAUAGUUUUGGUUCCUAAACCUAACCAAAUUGCAAUUUUUCACAAUGUGAACCAUGUUUUAUUUUGAAAGUCUAACUGGACGUUGCAUAUUUAUUGUUGCUAACUUGACUACGGAGCCCUGCAUGGAGUAGAAUGUAGCUGCAGUACCGCAGGCUGAAGUUUCAGGACCACAAUCCUUGGACCGGCACUGCAUUUGUUGUAAGGUGACCAGAUUUCUGAAAUGAAAACCAGGGACAUGUUUGGUGGUCAGUAUGUCACUAAAAAAUAUAUUGUUAUAAUAUAUGAAAUAAAAAGGGGGGACGAUUUCGGUUUUAGAAACUUUCAAAUAUAAAUUACAUUUAGCUGAUGCUUUUAUCCAAAGCAACUUACAAUUGCUCUACAUGUCAGAGGUCGCACGCCUCUGGAGCAAUGAGGGGCUAAGUGUCUUGCUUGGGGACACAAUGGUGGACGUGUCACAGUGGGGAAUUGAACCCGGGUCUCUUACACCAAAGGCAUGCAUUUUAUCACACUGUACCAUCACCACCCUGAAUCUAACUAACUCUUCAGAAUGAAAUCAAGUCAUUUUGAGGCAGAAACUACCUUUCAGUCAAUAAAGUCUGCAAUCACUUUCUGGCUAGUAGAAUAAUGUAUUAUAUAGAUUGUUUUGGCCAUUCAGAGGUAUUUUAACAGGUAGAAAGGACUGGAUUGGUUGGUGCACACAAAGUUAAAUAAUGUAGUCAUAAAGAUAAUUGCAAAACAGAUUAUGUCUUUAUUUUCUAUAUAACUAAGCAGUAAGUCAUGUUAAUUAUAGGCCACAGUAAAUAUAAACAAGGAUAUUAGACACAGGCCUGCCAAACACAUAAUCUAUCAGCAACAACAAGCUUCUAUUAUUGCCUAUAAUCACGUAAAUGUCAGGCCUGGUUAUGCUAUAAACUGUAAACUUAUUUAGCCACAAUUGUGUUUGAUCCAGAUAAAAGCUCCCGCGGACGGCAAUCAGUUUUAAACGAUCAACUUUUCGGCACGACACCUGUCUGAUCUGCUGUCCAUCUUUCUGGCCACGUAAAUCUGACUUCAGGUCUGCUAACACCUUAUACAGUCUAUGAUUAACACAGUUAAAAAAGGGGACAUUUCCGGGAACAGGCCACCAAAACCAGGGACUGUCCUCUGAAAACGGGGAUGUCUGGUCACCCUAAUUUGUAGGACCCUUGCAUACUUUACGUUGGUCAGGGUGACUUAUCGUCCUCAUCAUCGUCAUCUUCAUCACAGAGAGAAGUGCAGGAACUUCUCCACCACAGCUGCUCGUUAACUGGCUGAGCAUCAGCGGUUCUGGACCUUCUUCGGGUCCCUUUAUGCCGUUAAAGGACCAGGUUUUCAUUUGAAAGUGAAGACCUGAUUUUCUCCCAGUUUGUGUUUUAUAACAAGUGUGUUUCACUUUCAGAGCUGGUUUAAAGAUCUGAAGAUCUGCAGCCUCAUUAGAGACGCUGGAAAUGUCAGCUGCAUCCAGCCGACCACACACACACAGAGGAUGAAAAAUAGGUUACAUACAGUUUGACAGGAAAACAAAGAAAAUGAGGCCACAGUGAAGCGAGCGUCCACACGUCCAUCCAGAGGAUCUCUGUGUGACUGACCUACAUAUGACCUGCUGAAUAUAAAUCAGUCUACACAGCUGCAAAGUCUGGAAAAUCUGCUCUCACAUUAAUCAUUUGUUGCCUGAAAUGUUUUAAUUUGCCUCCUCACCUCGGCCCUUCACUCACAGACGGCUGCUGUGUAGUGAAACUACUGUUAUCCUGUGAACUCUGUUUCAGAGACGCGGCGACGCGUUCGAGCAGCUGUGCAGACUGUGUGUUUCGUGUGAAAGGCGACACGAUUAACUGAAGAGGUCCAGUUUGAGUCAAAAGACCCACGAGCUAGAACAGGUUCAGACUGGUACUAGUAAAAAAAGAAAACUGAUUCUUUUGAUUCUGGUCUACGCUGCUGCGAACUGCCUCCAGGAAGAAAAAGCUGUCACUUCAGCCUACUGUCCUUGUCCUUGUGGGGCUGUAUGUGCUCUCUGCUGAGAAUGUUGAGUACUACAACAUGUAAACUCGACCUGACUCAACUGCUGAGGCCAGCUCUCGUACAGACAUGCUGCCCUCCACACUUCCUAAAGAAUACCGAAGAGACUGCUUCAGGGGCUUCAAGGGUCGCCAGAUAUCAUCAAGUACCAGAGUCAGACAGUACACUCAGUGCUAGUUAGCAUGUUAGCUUGUUAGCCUGUGGAUAUUAUUCUCGCUGAGAUCAGCUCUCGUACAGACUUUCUGCUCUCCAAACUUCCUUAAGAAUACAGAAGAGACCACUUCGGGGGCUUCCGGAUAUGUUCCUGUAACAGAGUCAGACAGUACACUCAGUGCUAGUUAGCAUGUUAGCUUGUUAGCCUGUGGAUAUUAUUCUCGCUGAGAUCAGCUCUCGUACAGACUUUCUGCUCUCCAAACUUCCUAAAGAAUACAGAAGAGGUUCGGUGGCUUCUAAAUAUGUGUACCAGACUCAGUGUUUGUUAGCUUGUUAGCCUGUGGAGUUUGUUGAGACUCUCUGCUGCAGUUUGUUGAAUAAAAACUAAAGUGCCUGUAAUUCAGUGUAAAUAAUUGUUUUGAAUUUUGAUCCGUGGUCAAAGAGCUCCCCAUCGACAUCAGAACUGCACCUCGGCCCAUAAGAUAAAAUAAUUACAUAGAUUUAGGUUUAUUUACUUAGCUUCCUGUAGCCAUGUUGCUUUGCUUCCACUCGAUACCCACGUAUCAUGUCAGCGUCCUGCAGUCUGUGGCGCGAACACCAAAUACUGGAACAAGCUAUGUCGUUAUAUUAAAGUUAUAUACACAGAGGUCUGUAUUAAAGCAGGAACGCUCAGAGAGUCACCUGUGGUUCUGUACCGGUUCAUCUUGACACGCUUAUUCAUUGGUCAGGAGGGUUGUGGGGUGAAGUUGCUGCUUCCUGAUGUUGAAUCCACGUUCUGUUGAGAUCCAUCAUGUCUGAUAACAAUCUGACAACAUUUAUCAACAAGUUAUCAUCAUCACAUCAUCAGGGCAUGCUGGGAUAUUUUGAAUCAGACUCGUCAGAAUAAAACACCUGACAGGUGAAACCUGUCAGAGACUGCACUCUUUAACUCAGACUGAACACAAAAAAUCCUGUUAGCGGCUGCAACAUGCCGACGCCUCUGUAGAGACAAACAUUCUUAUUCCCAUAAAGAACAUCUGAAGUUUCUGUUUGUAAAGUCAGAAUUACAAAAGAAGCUUUGACUGCAUGGAAGUGAAUGAGAAAAACUUCUCUCCACAAAUACAAAGUCAGUUCUUACACAACAAGAUUCAGUGAGCUUCUGCUUCUACUGUCAGUCUGAGGAGAGACUUCCACAAUAAAUGUUCCAGUAAGGUGUUAUUACAGCCAUUUAUAGCGCUGCUUAUGUGACUGACAGUUGUAAGAGCCAACCACAGUCAGCCGUAGUCGUUUCUGUUUUUAUGUCCCACCGUGUCUCAACCCAAGGUCACAUUUUGAUUGACACAGCAACAGUCAUAUGGAUUGAAACCACACUCACACACAAUUCAAACAGCGAACAUAAAGAGAGAAAUCAAGUCCACUCCCUGAACACACUCUGACUUACAUCGCACUCUGUACUCUGACCAGUCUUAUCAGAGGGAGAGAGGGCGAGGGACAUAAAUAGAGAGAGAGAGAGAAAGAGAGUAAAGGAAAACAGAAAGAGAAAAAUAAAGGGCGAGUGACAUAACGAGAGAAAGAGGAGAGAGAGAAACCGACAGAAACACUGAGCUAGUCUGGAAAUGGCAGCUGAACACACACCAACCCAAACCAUUCAUCUGUAGAGCUCGGCCGCCAUGUCUAAAGCGACGGUGAAGAAGCUGCACUGGCGCUCCAAGGUCCAGGAGAGCUUCGUCCCGCUGGGGGGCGGCUCCGGAGAGCUGGGUCUGGCCAUCGGGGGCGGGGCCGACUACGGCGAGUUCCCAUUCGUCACAGCGGCCCACGGGGGCGGGGCAACUGUGAGCGACAUCAUCUUAGAGAUCGGGGGGACGCCCGUGUUAGGGAUGACCCUCGGUGAUGUCAGAGGAGUCCUCAACUCCUGUCCUCAUCCUAUCAGAAUCAAGACUGUCUCACCAGGGUCGUCCCUCUGUAAGGACCUCAGGUUGUACCUCAGCAAGUGUUUCACUCCAGGCUCCAUGGACAGUCAGCUGCAGCAGCUAAUCAGAGAGAACCUGUACCUGCGGGCUGUACCCUGUACGACCAGGCAGCCUCGGGACGGCGAGAUUACAGGUGUGGACUACAACUUUGUGUCCAUCGAGGAAUUUUUUUCUCUGGAGGAGUCUGGAGCUCUGCUGGAGAGCGGCAAGUUCAAAGGGAACUACUACGGGACGCCCCGUCCGGUCCACAUCGGUCCGGAGAGCCCACCAAUCACGUAUCAGGAACAUCGAAACCUGCUGAGGAACUUCAGGACGAGAAGCAAAUCUCUGAGUAACCUGGAGAAAGCUGUGGAGGAAGGAGACAACAGCGAGGAGGAUAGCGGCCUGUCGGCGGGUUCAGCUGGAGCCCCGCCCACCACCUUGCCUCUCAGCAAAUCGUGGGAGACGGCGGUGGGGAGUCGGGAGGGAACAGAAAACGGAGGAGGAGGAAGAGGAGUAGGGAGAGGAAGAGGAAGAGGAGGUCCGCUGCCUGAAAACUGGGAGCUGGCGUUCAGUGAUUCAGGAGAGCCGUACUACAUUGAUCAUAAAUCAAAGACGACCAGCUGGCUGGAUCCGCGAACUCAGAACAAAGAGACGACUUCCUGUACAGAACUCCCAGAGUUCACCGAGCAGCCCAGUCUCUUGAAGGGUUACUCCAUCCACACCCGGCUGUCUAAAGGUCCUCGAGGUUUCGGCUUCAACAUCGUCGGUGGAAGUCGACCCAGAGAGUUUCUGCAGGUGUACAGCGUCACACCUGGAGGACCGCCAGCACUAAACACAGCGGACAUCCUGGUCUACAUCAAUGACAGCUGUGUACUGGGUCGCUCUCAUAAAGAGGUGGUGGAGAUGCUGAAGUCAGUGCCAAUGGGUCAGAGUGUGGACGUGGUGCUGAGGAGAGGAUACCCGAUGCUCUACAACCCUGAUGGGUGUCCCAAACAGAGCCUGGAGACGCCACAGACUCCCAGCGAGCCCUCCAACCCCGUGAACGCAAACCGUGGCCUGACACACCUCACCUACAGCCGAACGCCGGACGCCGAAGGCUGCCCGCCAGGACUGGGCCACAACCCGCCCUCCUAUGCUGCUCCGCCAAUGACGAACGGGCUGGCAGGCCCGCCGACGCCCACUUCCUCUGACCCCCCACUGGGUCCACCACCCCUUCCAGAGAGGACAGCAGCCAAUCACAGUGACUCUGAUGGCGGCCUGUCCAGCGCUGGAACACGAAGAUCUUCUCUGAUUCGCUACAACAGCAGCACUCUCCCCGCCCUCUCCUCCUCCUCCCUCCUCCACCAUCAGAGCUCCAAGUCUUCAGAGAGCGACCUGUCUACGUCGGCCCUCCCCAUCUCCUCCGCCACGUUACCCAUCGCCUCCUCGUCCUCCCACACUCUGUCCAAACUGCCCCUCUCUCAGCCAGAGACGGGCCUCCUCCAGAACUCCACCAGCCCUACCACCGCUAACAACCCCACCUCCUCCUCCUCCACGCCUCCUGGGGCUCCUGCGCAGCGCCCGCUGAUGCCACAGACUUCCCUCGCCCUGACCCCACCCAGAGACGUCCCACCUUGUGGCUUUAACGGCUGUCCAGCCAAUCACCAAGCGCCCUCCCCAGCCUCACGAGGAAACCCAGGGCUGGUUCUCCCCCUCGGGGCAGGGUCGCCGGGGUCAGCUCCCGCUGGGGAGCUUGUGCCCGUGGCCCUCGGGCGCAGUGAGAGUGGGGGGCUUGGAUUCAGCGUGACGGCAGGUGGGCAAGGAGAUCAGCUGGCGGUGGUGAGGCGGGUCUGGGAUCGCAGGCACUGCCCCUCGCUGCAGCCGGGGGACGCCAUAGUGAAGAUCAACGGAGCAGACGUGCAAAGCCUCAGCUUCUCCCAGGUCCAGAGAGUCCUGCAGGAACACACCAAACAGGGGGAGGUGGUGCUGCUGGUCUACAGAGGAGGUCCCGUCUCCUCCCCAGUCGUCACCCCCAACCUCUACAAGCCCCUCCCCUCCCCACACAGCUUGGCCACCCCCUCUUCCUCUCAACCCUCGACCUUAGCCAACUUGCCUUCCCCGUCCACGGGUGCCUUGGUGGGGGGCGUCCCCCCACUCAACCAGGCCGGCUUGGCCCUGGAGAGUCCCCAGGAGGGACACCUACCAGCCCCAGGGACCCACCAAGGGGCCCCUCCUGCCCAGACGCCUAACGGGCCCUCAGUCCUCAUCCAGAGCACCAGCUUCCUGGACUCAGUUCCUGUGACGCUGACCUUAGAGCCACGUGAUUUGCUGGGAGUGGAGGAGAGCGCCGGUGGGCCUCCUCCCGUCAGAGGGGGAGCAGAGCUGGGAGCAGUGGCCAAGGACGGAAGAGGAGGAGCAAAGACAGCGGAGGUGGAGCUGAGGAGGCGGCCGGGAGAAGGCUUUGGAUUUGUCAUUGCGUCUCAGGAAGUGAGCGGUGGGGCCACCUCCCUGAUGUCUCACCGGUUCGUGACGGUGCGUCGCGGCAGCCCGGCGGCUCGCAGCGGGCAGAUUCAGCCCGGAGACCAGCUGGAGGCGGUGGAGGGCCGAGCGGUCGGAGGUCUGCAGCACCGGGACCUCGCCCAGAUCCUGAGGAGGGCCGGGAACACGCUGAGGCUGAGCAUCACGCCGCGACACCACUCGUCUCCUCUGUCAGAAGGAGCAGACCUGGACAUUGACGGUCGGAUGAUCAAAGGAUCCAGAAGGAGGUCAAAGGACGAGUCCAGGUUCUACACUGUAGAUCUGGAACGAGGUCCCACAGGUUUCGGUUUCUCUCUGAGGGGGGGCAGCGAGUACAACAUGGGGCUGUAUGUCCUGGGACUGAUGGAGGGGGGGCCGGCCCAGCGCAGCAACAAGAUACAGGUGUCGGACCAGCUGGUGGAGAUCAACGGGGACAGCACAUCAGGGAUGACUCACAGUCAGGCUGUGGAGCAGAUCAGGAGAGGAGGACACCGAAUCCACCUCGUCCUCAAGAAAGGAAACGGAUACGUGCCGGACUACGGCCCUGAGGAAGGAGCCCUCUCCCCCUCCUCCUCUUCACACACCGAGGAGCAAGAUGUGGACACAGUAACCAUGACAACCACCUCCAUCAGCCAGCAGAGGGGAGGAGGAGGUGGUACAGGAGGAAGAGAAGGAGGAGGAGAGAAGAGGAGGAUGAGGAGAGAGGGAGAAACCAAACGAAGAACAGGAGGAGGAGGAGGAGGAGGAGGGUUAGGGCCUCCUGAUCUGGACCUGGACCGGGUGGAGGUGGAGGCACGGGAGAUGGAGAGGAGGAGGGAGGAGGAAGCGGAGAGGAGGCAAGAGGAGGAGAGGAGGAGACAAAGUCAGACAGUCAGGCAGAAGGAGAAGCGGUACGACCAGCGGGAGCAGGGGAGGAAGAGCAGGAGCUUACCCAGGACAAGUGCUCGAGUCUGGGACACAUGGCUGCCGGAGGAGAGGGUGGAGGUGGAGGAGAGGAGCAGGAGGAGGGCAACAAAGGCCGGCAGAGAAGAGGAGGAGGAGGAGGAGGAGAGGGGAGAGGAGAGAGACAACAGCACCACCCGCCACGCAAAGCAUUCUGGGAGCUGGCCUGUACCUCAGAGGGCAGCCUUCUCCUUCCUCAUGCCUCACUCCUCAGACGACCAGCGUCUGUCCGACAGCGAAUCAGCAGCCAGCUUCUCCGAGGUCAGCCUUUCAGCAGCCAGCAUCGCCACCGCCGGGUGGAGGGAGGAUUCCGAUUGGAGGAGAGGCGAGUCGCCGUGGCAGCAGGGGAAGGCCCCGGGCCCCUGGCUGAAGCCGAGUCCCCAGAAACUGACGCAGGUUCUGACUGGCAGUCGGCUCAGGGGGCGGGAACUACUGUCUCUCUGAUUGGCCCACAGCGAGACAUUCUCUUUUUUUCUUCUUUGGCUACUUAUAAGGGCUUCUUUGAUUGGCCUGCUGAGAGAAGACCCGCCUGUUCCUGUGUCUGAUUGGAUCACAGUGGACGAUUUGGUUUCUGAUCAGAGGAAGCAAGCGGACAUGGACUUGUUUUUCAUUGGCUGGUGGGCGGGUUUUGAGGUCUCUGAUUGGUCAAUGACACAACAGCUGCACACAGAGCCGCCUAAUUAAACAACAGUUUUAUUUUUAUUGUAGCCAUCAUCCGUCAGUGCAUCCUGAUUAUCCAGCUGCUUUCUGGUAUCAUGACGCUGGUGCACUUUAACGAAUGCUUUAACAGAUGCUAACCUUCGGCGGAGCGGGUUAACGUCAGAGGACCAGCUUAAACUAGAGGUUGAGGGGGAUUGAUUCUUACAUACAUCCAGAUGCAAACGUGGACAAUUCUGAAUCAAUUCACAGAUGUCAAAUAAAUCGAUUUUCUAAAUUUUAAUUAGUAACGUACUGUUGACAGAACGCAAAAAGUGGAACUUGGAAGUGCAGCGGACAGUUUGUAGCGUGCGCAUAAUAAUAUUAAGCUGAUGCUUUUAUCCAAAGUGACUUACAAUUGCUUUAUAAGUCAGACAUCACACGCCUCUGGAGCAACUAGGGGUUAAGUGUCUUGCUCAGGGACACGAGUUGUAUGCAGCUGCAGUACCGGAAGCUGCAGUUUCAGGACCGCAACCGCAUUUGUAGGACUCUUGUUUACCUUGACACAGCUAGCUAGUUAGUUAGCAAACUAGUUAGGUAGCUGUGUAUUAUUGACAGCCCCCCAAAGCCAAUUACCCUAACCAUCACAGGGUGUGUGCCUAAACUAAAAGUUAUUGAUUAUUUAUAUUAUUUAUAAAUAAAUAAUAAUAAAUGUUGCUGUGCAUUACCACCACCACUCCUCUAGAUGGCGCUGUCACAAAAGAACUACGGUCCCAGGAUUGCGAGGGUCCUGAAACAGCAGCCUCCGGCACUGCAGCCAUACAGUAUUGAGGGACACAUUGAUGGAUGUCACAGUGGAAAUCAAACCCAGGUCUCCCACACCAAAGGCAUGUGUCUAAUCCACUACGCCAUCGCCAACCCAUAUCAUAGACGUCUUCCCCUAAUAUUCAAAGCACCAACGUCAUAGUAGAGACCGUCCAAAUCGACCGAGUCGAGACCGAGUAAAGACCAGGACCAGCGUUCCGCACUACAUGACACACAAUAACAUGUGGAACAUGAUCAUAGGCGCUUCUCAAACGAAGCACUAAGAGCUGAAAUCAACUUAACAUCUUUAUUCUACAUCCAGCUAACAUAAUGAGAACAAAUGAGGGAGCGCUACCUCGGCACAUAGCUUUGCUCUCAGGAGCCGUGUAGCUUAAACAGUAGCUACAUAGCUUUAUGUGGCCUGUCUCCUUAUAGUUUAUCUCAAGCAGAAAUGUAACUUAGGAACAAGUUGUCACCACAUUUCCCCUCAGUCUCUCACACUGCAUUAGCUACUUCCCUCAAUAUGUUAUCCUGACGAACCCCUGGAAUUAGGUAGCUUGUUCUCCUAGCUAAGUGGCUAAUGCACUCGAUACCGGGACGAGACCGAGACCUUCAGAGACCGGUCUCGAGCACUAACCGCCCCCCUUGCUAAGAUUUAACCCAAACAUUACAAUCAAUGUUUUACUAAGCACAGGCCAGCUUCCUCGUACCUGACAGGUCUUGUUAGAGCGGCGUAAGUUAGGUUUUUAAAGAACUUUGUGUGACGUGGGCGCAGCGACGGUGUGGGUGAGCAGGCAGGUUUGCGGACUGGAGAAGAAGAGCUGAGGUUAGUAAAGUAAGGACGCAAACUAGUCCUAUUAGGAUAAUGAGGAGACGUUUCUUUUGGACUUUAAUGUCCAAUGAAAUGCUCGGUGAUUCUACUGUAAAGGAAAAAGAUGCAUCGAUAAUCAUUUUAUAAUCGCAUGGCAGCCCUCUGAAACAUGAUCGAUUUGUGCUUCUCACUUCGAGUUUAAACCCUCUUAAAAGCCGACUACUGACCAAUCAGAUCAGUGGACUCAUCGCUCCAACAGGGUCCUCACAGGGACAAAAGUAAUAAAGAACAAGAGAUAUUUUUUAUAGCUUUUAACUCCAUAAUAAUUAUAUCUGAGAUACGUAACUUCACUUAGUUUCUUUUAACCCAGAAAUGAUUCCUGAAAGUGCAUCGAUUGCUCGUCCAGGUCAGAUGAUUAAACAUAGACCGACCGUCACCGUUUAUUCAAACACAUAAUAAAAUAUAGGGAUUAUGGACGGAUAAUCCACAUACUGCCCAAGUUUGAAAGGGCCCACGUGAAAACAAACAUAUAUGUAGCCUCGCUAAAAAUAUUUGGAUAUCAGUAGUUUCUUGUUGGGUGAUUAGAGCUGAAUCUCUCUUUACUGCUGCUUUAUUUUGCCUCUUUAAUAACAAAAUUUAAAGAACCAAAUGUCAGGUCGAGUGACCGCAGAGGAACUGCGGGAGCUAGCAGGUUAGCAGUUAGCUAGCUCUGUGAGAACCAAACGUUUUGCUAAGACGCUCCCGUCUGUCUGCUCCACAGGGCGGCAGCAGAGUGAACGCUGCUCCUGGCUGGAUGAUUUAUUUGAUGAUUUUCUAGCUGUGGCGCUGCACAGGCUGCAGAACGCCACCGCUUUCAGGUGAGGUGAGAAAGCUAACCAGCUUCAUGAUACCAGUAGCCAGGGUGACUGAUAAGGUCCUGGUCCUCUCCUUUUUAACUUCAUCUUUCUAACUCUAAACUCGUAUGCAAACAACAUGAGAACCUUUCAGCCCCGCCGCCUCCCAGACGUUCUGUGAUCCUGUGUAAUCUGAGCAUGUGAAUAUCACCGGAAUGAUUUUUUAUUUUUAUAAGCUGAAUGUGUAAAGGCUCGAUGACGUUAUUAUUAUUCUUGUUAGAGAUUAAAUAUGAUCUGAUUUGCCUGCUUGCUUGUAAAAAAAGAGAGAAAAAAACCCUUUGCCCUGAUGAUGUAACAGAGCCAUACGCACACGCACACACACACACACAGGUCAGGUCCAGCUGAGGUCCUGUCCGCCGUCAGUAACCACAGCAUCGCCAAGGACUCUGCGGCCAACAUGGCCGACGACCUGCAGCUCUGGACCGAAACAAGUGCCUCGUUUUAUUUCAGCCUUCGUCCUGCAAACUGACACAGAGGCUGCAGGCAGAGACCCCCCCCCACACACACACACACUUCCUGUUCACACCCUACCACGUCUUGUCAAACAACGCCAAGACCUUUCGCCCUCCACAUGUCCCAUCAUGCACCACCACGUCCCAGUUCAGUGUCCCACAGCUCGUUUUAUUCAACCAGCUGUCCAGAACCAGCUCACUGUCGUUGUCACCAAGAGAAGCAUCAAGUCCUGCGAACGACUAACGAUGAAUCAGUUAUCAAAACGGCUGCUGACUCAUUUUCUGUCGAUUAGCGGGCAGACAGAUUAAUCAGUUCAAACGCCGACAGGAAAUGUUUUCCAGCAGUCUGUUCUUCAGCAGGAAUAUUUCCAUGUUGUUGUUUUCAUGUUUUCCACCUGAUUAAAGACUGAUGAAUGUGUAAUCAGAGGUGUCCUGAUACGGGCAAAUUUUAAUGGAUCAGUAUCAGCUAAAAUACUCUGUACGCUCACCUGUACCUGGCCGCCGCGGCCUGCAGGUGUUCCAGCGCCGCUCUGCUGUGUUCACACACCGAGGCUCCAUCCUUCUGCUACGUUUCCGCCUCCCGUCCAGACUGAAACAGCGAAUCCGAACACCUGAAACGUUGAAGUGUGAAAACGCUGCCGACCCCGUUUUGGUUUUAAACUCCGGGGCGGCGUGUUCGUGCCGACAGGUGGAAACGAUGACGCUCACGUUCAGCUCUCUGAUUGGCUCUUAUCAGUCAUGCAAAGCAGAAACACGAUGCUGCUGACAGAGUUUUCGUUUUGGUGUUUUUAUUAAAGUAUUCUGUACUGUGUAAAUAUCACUUCUACACUUGUGCAUGUCUCCGUAUUUACUUUGCGACGACUCGCAGCCUGUUUCCCGCCGCCACAGUUCCACCUCGCCGUCGCUCCGUGCAGAGAAAUCUCAGCUGUGCUUCUUCACCAUCGCUGUUCUGCGUUUGUCUCCAGUAGAACUUUCUUCUGCAGCUGCAGAGUAGACAAUCCGCUUCCUGUUCACACCGGCACACACAUGCUCCGUGUACGUGAACGGUCUACUGGUGUGGAUGUAGCCGGAGGUUGGCAAAGCGCACGGAUUCUCUGAGAGUAGAAAACAUUCAGGAAGCAGCGUCCCACUUUUAGCCCACCCGCGGUCUGAAACCAAAAGUCAAAGUUCAUCUUCUUAAGUUCUUAAACCGCUUAGCAGGGGUUGGGUAGCCCCAAACCUCCCUUUCCCGAGCCACAUUAACCAGCUCUGACUGGGGGAUCUCGAAGUGUUCCCAGGCCAGUGUGGAGAUAUAAUCUCUCCACCUAGUCCUGGGUCUUCCCCGCGGCCGCCUCCCAGCUGGGCGCGCCUGGAACACCUCCUGGGGAGGCGCCCAGGGGGCCCCAGAUGCCUGAACCACCUCAACUGGCUCCUUUCGACACAAAGGAGGAGCAGCUCUACUCAGAGCUCCUCACACUUCCCACCCUAUCUCUAAAGGAGAAACCCAUUUCGGCCACCUGUACCCUCGAUCUAGUUCUUUCGGUCAUGAGCCAGCCUUCAUGACCGUAGGUGAGGUUGAGGAACGUAAACUGAGCGGUAGAUCGAGAGCUUUCCUUCCAGCUAGGCUCUCUUUUCAUGACAGCGGCGCAGUAGAGCGAACGCAGUACCCAUCUGCUAACAUGGAGGAGUUUAUGACCGGUACCAGCCACAAGGGGGCGAGCCAGAUGUUGAGGCUUGACUGGGAGCGGUCAUGUUGUCCAUCUUUAUUUACAGCCUGCGGUCCGGAUCAAUCACCUGGUGAGAAAUAAAGUGUCCGAUUUAGUAUCUGCAGCUGUCAGAGACAUUUAACGAUCAGCAGAUAAUAAUCAAUAAUAAAGGCCUUGAUCCCUACACAUCAUGUUAUCUGUUAAGACGCUUUGAGUGUGAUGCCUCACACACACACAGAGUCGUGACCCCCUCACCCGGCCAUCACAUCAUCUGUCUGCAGUCACACUACAACUCCCACACACCCUUGCUAGCUCCGCCCCUCACAGCGCUCUCUUUAAGGGCAUCUGGAUCUUUGUCUUCUAUGCAUUUUCUAAGACUGUCUGCUAUCGGAUUGGUUCUCUGAUCGGAGGAUCGUCCGGGCGUGGACUCUGCUUCUAAUUAUGGGUCUGAAUAUUCAGGUUCUGGUCCACACACGACCAGGAAGCACCAAUGUCUGAACAGGACUCAGUGUCAUUAUCAGAUCUGCUCCCAGACAGCAGGAGAGACAUUAUGUAGGAACCACGUGACUGGACUGUCUGUUGGUUUAAUAAAGUCACAGCUUGAUUGGUCUGUCGGUAUA